GGAGCGAAAAAAAAUCUCAAUUUCCAAAAAAAGAGAAAAAAAAAAAAGAAAACGCUCACACACACGCACAAAUGGUUCACAAUCAGAUGAUGAACUCGGGGAAGAGGGCGGCGCUGAAGUCAGAACUGGAUGAGGAUGACUCCCUUCUUGAAUUCGCUCCGCUUCACAAAAGGUCCACACUUGAUCAUACUUCACAGGAGGGCAAUCUUGAUGAAGCUCUUCCAAAUCCAAUUCCACCUUCACUCUAUAACCCACUUGAUGAGCCGAGUCCGCUAGGCUUAAGCCUGAAAAAGAGUCCAUCUUUCUUGGAUUUGAUCCAAAUGAGACUUUCCCAAGAAAAUGCUAGUACAUUUAAGAGGAAGGGUGGGAAGGGAAAUGGGGUUUCAAGUAACCCAGAUAAGCUCAAGGCUUCCAAUUUCCCUGCUUCACUGUUGAAAAUUGGUUCUUGGGAGUAUAAAUCGAGGUAUGAAGGGGAUUUAGUGGCAAAAUGCUACUUUGCAAAGCACAAGCUCGUGUGGGAAGUGCUUGAUGGUGAGCUCAAAAAUAAGAUUGAAAUUCAAUGGUCGGAUAUUGUAGCUAUUAAGGCAAACUAUGCAGAUGAUGGACCGGGGACCUUAGAUGUCGUGCUGGCAAGACAACCCCUUUUCUUUCGAGAGACUAAUCCACAACCUAGGAAGCACACCUUGUGGCAAGCUACAGCAGAUUUCACUGGUGGACAAGCAAGCAUACACAGGCAACACUACCUCCAGUGUCCACAAGAUUUGUUAGGCAAGCAUUUUGAAAAGCUUAUUCAAUGUGAUCCUCGCCUCAAUUGUCUGAGCCAACAGCCAGAAAUUGUGUUAGAAUCUCCAUAUUUUGAACCUGGAGUCUCUGCCUACAAUGACCCUAACAAUGGGAUUGCUUUAAGAAGUGACAGUGGACCAACUAUCUUUGGUGUACAGGUGACAGGAUCUCCAUCUGCAAGUCAAUCUUCUCAAUGCAUUAAUGAACAAGAUUUUGUCAGUAGAACUCCAGAAAAUCUUUACCAGCAAACUCCAUCACCAUGUUCAGUAAUGGAUACUCAUGCAAUUGAAGAAAUCAGGAGCACUAGAACCACAGGUCCCAAAUCACUCAGCCAAUGGGAUCUCAGUAGAUUUCCUGGGCUGCGUCCAUCUAUGUCAAUGUCUGAUCUAGUGAAUCAUAUUGGACAUUGCAUUUCUGAGCAGAUAACAUCCAACAAUCCCAUCUUUUCCAUUGAUGACCAACAAGGCAAAGACAUUUUGGAAGAGAUCACCCAAUACUUGCUCAGUGAUUCUCAGCAAACAUCUGCCUCUGUUGACCAGUCUCUCAUGUCAAGGGUCAAUUCGUUAUGUUGCCUUCUGCAGAAUCCGUCUGACAUGGCACCUAACUUGCAGGCCAAGGAUGAUGCUGUUAAUGUACAAGGUGAUGGUAAAAUAGGUGAAAGUAGCUUAGUUUCUGCAUCAGCAGGCAGGAGUAACGUAACAGAGGGUUUUCCUGUUUCUGUUGAUGAGUCUGGUGAUAGUUCUAGUUGCAAGCAGCCACAGUCAAUGCUAAGGAAGGACUCUGUUAGUGAUCUUCUUCUUCUUAACCUUCCAAGGAUAGCAUCUCUCCCACAGUUCUUGUUCAACAUCCCUGAAGACAAUGACAAUCAGGCUCGAAGAUGAUGAACUUAUCUGAUCUUUGUGGUGAAAAGCUAGAACCCCAAGUUAUUUUCUGCUUGGCACCUGAUAAAAUUUUCUAUCUUGGGGAUUCAGAGAGUUACAUGGAUGAAGAAUUCCUCACUUGCACGCACCAGAACCGUUGUUUGCUUGUUCACUUUAUUAUCUCUUUGUAAAUAUGUCUAUGUCGACGGAUGGACGCUUUUGCACCCGUGUUUGUAGAAUAUUUUCUGUUCUCUUUCAAGGUGGAAAAAAUUCAUUUCCUUUUGUGUCCAUUCCAUGGCUUGAAAUCUACCUAGCAUAGAAAGAGGACUGGUUGGUGCUCAGAUUCUAGCAGAUUUCAGGCUCAAUACAUUCUUGACAUGAAAAUUGAAACAACUUAAGAGAUUCCAAGAAGACAUCAACAAAUAACCGUAUUAUUUACUA